GGUUGAGUACCUGGCUGAGUGGUGCCUCUAUCCAGAAAAUGAAGUCUUUCAGCGAAUCCACGCGGGAAUCGUCGAUCCGGUUCUCAUCGGAGACAAACCAAAGUGGUUUCGGGAUAGUCUAGUGAAGGUUGACUACGCAGCCUUCGAAAAGACGGACGUCUGUGUGGUGCAUCUGGGAUGCUGCAAAAAUCGAGAUGAAUGGGCGCUGGAGCACGUCAGUCUGAAUCAACUCAUGAGCAUCGUAGAGAAGCGGGUUCCUCUUCCUUCAGCAAAUCUACCUCGUUGGUAUUGCGCAGUUUAUGUCAGCUCUGUGGUCAUUGUUUCUCGUGCGAAGCGCUGUCUCAGCCGUGGAUACUUGUCUCACACACAGACCCAAUCUGCGUGA